GGCGGAACCAUCUCCAUGGCAACCCGCGCGCAGCCCGGGCCACUCGAGCCGGCGGGAAGCGCGGGUGUUGGUGUUGCGGUGCUGGCGACAGGCGGGGUUGCGAGCGGCCCGGGGCCGGGGCGGCCAGGGCCGCUGCAGGACGAGACCCUGGGUGUGGCGUCCGUGCCCUCGCAGUGGAGGGCCGUCCAGGGCAUCCGCGGGGAGACGAAAAGUUGCCAGACGGCCAGCAUUGCCACUGCCAACGCAUCCGCCCAGGCCAGGAAUCAUGUGGAUGCCCAGGUGCAGACGGAGGCCCCCGUGCCUGUCAGCGUGCAGCCCCCGUCCUGGUACGACAUACCCCGGCUCGCAGCCUUUCUUCGGAGAGUGGAGGCCAUGGUCAUCCGAGAGCUGAACAAGAACUGGCAGAGCCACGCGUUUGAUGGCUUCGAGGUGAACUGGACCGAGCAGCAGCAGAUGGUGUCUUGUCUGUAUACCCUGGGCUACCCACCAGCCCAAGCGCAGGGUCUGCAUGUGACCAGCAUCUCCUGGAACUCCACUGGCUCCGUGGUGGCCUGUGCCUAUGGCCGGCUGGACCAUGGGGACUGGAGCACGCUUAAGUCCUUCGUGUGUGCCUGGAACCUGGAUCGGCGAGGCCUGCGUCCCCAGCAGCCGUCGGCCGUGGUCGAGGUCCCCAGCGCUGUCCUGUGUCUGGCCUUCCACCCCACGCAUCCCUCCCACGUCGCAGGAGGGCUGUACAGUGGUGAGGUGCUGGUGUGGGACCUGAGCCGUCUUGAGGACCCGCUGCUGUGGCGCACAGGCCUGACGGAUGACACCCACACAGACCCUGUAUCCCAGGUGGUGUGGCUGCCCGAGCCUGGGCACAGCCACCGCUUCCAGGUGCUGAGUGUGGCCACCGACGGGAAGGUGCUGCUCUGGCGGGGCAUCGGGGCGGGCCAGCUGCAGCUCACAGAGGGCUUUGCCCUGGUCAUGCAGCAGCUGCCACGGAGCACCAAGCUCAAGAAGCAUCCCCGCGGGGAGACCGAGGUGGGCGCCACAGCAGUGGCCUUCUCCAGCUUUGAUCCUAGGCUGUUCAUUCUGGGCACAGAAGGCGGCUUCCCGCUCAAGUGUUCCCUGGCAGCUGGAGAGGCAGCCCUCACGCGGAUGCCCAGCUCCGUGCCCCUGCGGGCCCCAGCACAGUUUACCUUCUCCCCCCACGGCGGUCCCAUCUACUCUGUGAGCUGUUCCCCCUUCCACAGGAAUCUCUUCCUGAGCGCUGGGACUGACGGGCAUGUCCACCUGUACUCCAUGCUGCAGGCCCCUCCCUUGACUUCGCUGCAGCUCUCCCUCAAGUAUCUGUUUGCCGUGCGCUGGUCCCCAGUGCGGCCCUUGGUUUUUGCAGCUGCCUCUGGGGAAGGUGACGUGCAGCUGUUUGAUUUCCAGAAAAGCUCCCAGAAACCCACAGUUUUGAUCAAGCAAACCCAGGAUGAAAGUCCUGUCUACUGUCUGGAGUUCAACAGCCAGCAGACUCAGCUCUUGGCUGCGGGCGAUGCCCAGGGCACAGUGAAGGUGUGGCAACUGAGCACAGAGUUCAUGGAACAAGGGCCCCGGGAAGCUGAGCACCUGGACCGCCUGGCAGCGGAGGUGGCGACCUGAGGGGUCCUGGGAGGCGGGUGCAAGCCUUCACUGUGCCGAGCCUUGUGUUUCUGACGCUGAAUGAAGAAGAGCAAAGCUUUGGGGGAA